AUGAUCGCCCUUCUGGACAUGGGAGCAAGAGUGAGUCUCAUGAAGGCGCAGUGUGCCAAGCUUCUCGGUAAGGAGAUUCAAGGCAACACAGGAGUACUAAGAGGAGUGGGCGGUGAGUGCAUGUCACUGGGCGAGGUGCGUGUCAAGAUUCGCUGCGAUGAGCACGAGGUGGAUGAGACCACAAUGCGCGUUGUCGGAAACAACGUUUUCACUGGACCCGACGUAAUUAUAGGGGCUAACAUCAUUGACCACCCUCACCAGGUAUUGAUCAGGAAGCAUGGACAAACUGCACUGGUGGAUGAGCGGUGCUAUCCAUUUCUACGGGAUUUUCACGUGGAGCUGGAGGACAACAGAGUAGUGCUUCGUGCAUCAGAAACCGUGACAGUCCCAAAGAACUGCAUCCAGUGGGUCACAGUUACGACUGGGAAUAAGACAUUUGAGGGACCCCACGUCUUCUCAACGGGUGGGGAAAUUGACAUUCUUUGCCAAAUGAGAGGAGGCAAGACAGACAUCCCCGUCGUCGGUGCUGUGGACUGCAACGUCACUUUGAAGAGGGGACAAGUCGUGUCACGAUGCCAGUUUUCACCGAUGAAUCCUGACGUACCUGAUGUAUACAGCGUGCUGCAGCAGGUCAUCGAAAGCGAGCCUGGAAAACGGGAGAAGAGACUCGCACCGAUAACAGCAGAAGAGGUCAAUGUUAGUCCCGCCAUAACCGAAGACGAGAGACGUGAACUGUGCCAAGUCAUCAACGAGCACCGAACAUGUUUCGCGCAGAACAUGACUCAACUGGGACGUACGGAUGUGGUUACGAUGAAAAUCGAAGAAAAGUCAGGAAGUGCGCCUGUUAAAAGGUCGCCGUAUCGUGCAUCCUGGAGUGAACGCGAGGUUCUGCGCAAGAUUACAGACGACCUCAAGGCUAAUGGCCUCAUCCGCGACAGCAACUCGGAGUACAGUAGCCCUGUUCUCUUGGUGAGGAAAAAGACUGGUGAAUAUCGCAUGGUAGUCGACUACCGUCGCCUGAAUGCCCAAACAGUCAAGGACAGCUUUCCACUGCCACGGGUUGAUGAAGUAUUGGACCAACUCGCUGGAAACACUCUCUUUAGUGUUCUGGACAUGGCCCAUGGUUACUUGCAAAUCCCCAUGGAUGAAUCGUCCAUCCACAAGGCUACUUUCACAACUCCAGAUGAACGUUUCGAGCCCCUGCGUCUAUUCUUUGGGCUAGCUAACGGACCUCCUGUCUCUCAGUGA